GUGCGCUCCACCCGCAUCGACCGCGUCGGCCCCUGGCUGCCCUCCUCCUGGCUCGCCCGCGCCCUCCACACCGGCGCCGAGGUCUCGUUCACAGAGAGCGACGCCGUGGCCGUCCGCCCGGACGCAGGGCCGGGGGCCGGCGGCGCCGCGCGCGGCGACGGCGUAGAGCGCACGCUGGCGCGCACGCUGCGGCUGCGGCGCGCGCGGUGGCUGCCGGGGGCGGAGUGGCGCGUCGUGGAUAUUGUCGACGCCGCAUAA